AUGAAGAGAAUGCUUGUUGUAGAUCCGGAGAAAAGAAUAAGUUGGAAUGAGUUAUUUAAAGAUUAUCUUUCACAAAUGAUAGUUUAUCCAUAAAGUGUAAUUCAAGAUUAAAUUAUUAAUAGGAAACCAUCCUAAUCAAUUAUACUUUUGAAAAAGAUAAAAAGGUGUAAAAUAUCUUUAAUUAUUUUAUUUAUAUUUCAGAUAUUCUUCAAUUUAUCAGAUACUUAAUGAGGGAUGUUUAUAGUCUUAAUAGUAUUGUUUAGUUUUCAAAAUCAUAAUAUUUUCAUUAUACAUUAAUAACUGUAAAGUACAUGUUAAAUGAAAUAAAUUUUUAUUUAAGAAUUUUAAAAGGAUAGAACCUAAUGUCAAUUUUAAUGUUACCAAGCGAUUUUAAUUUGUUUAAGUAGAGCAAUAAAUUUGAAAAAGUUUUACGUAAUUUCCAAUCUAAUGAAAAAAAUUUGCAAUCAUUUUAUACUCAAAUCAAAAGGAGGUAUGAUGAAUAUUUGCAAUCAUCUAAAAAACGCGAAAAAUAAUAGUUAGAGUUAUAUGAACAAGGAUUUUUGUAAAAUGAGAAUGAUUAAAAAUUUUUCGAAGUAUUCAAUUAAAUAUACUUAAAAAUUAUACAUCACAUUAGAUCAAAAUUUAAUCAGAUUUAAGUUAAAGUCGAAGUAAAGGAUAAUUUAUUUAGAACAUUAAUAAAAUUACUAAAUUGUCUUUAACCUCUAGGUUUUACUCAUAAAAAAUUAGAAUCAUUUUAACUUAUAUAAAAACUGCAUUCAUCAUUAAAUUUAGAAAAAGAAUUUGUUUAACUAUAUGCUAAGAUUUUAAGAAGUGAAAAAUGA